AUUAUUUCAAAGUUGGUGCUAUAUAAGCAGGUCUGGUUUUGUGUAUACCCUCAGUGAAACCAAAGUUGUCUUUAGUCGUUUCCAAGUAGUCUCUAUUAAACUCUUUCAAGGAUGUUGCCGAAAAGUACUUUAAUUUUCAUGGUCGUCGCACUUGUAAUCGCGAAUGAACUGUCAGGCGGCUCUGCUCGUCCACUUGAUGGUGCAGCAUCUGAUGAAUACGGCGAUCGCUCUAGCACAGGUAUAUCAGUAGCAAAUGAAGACUUAUGCGAUCGCUCUAGCACAGCUAUAGGAGUAGCAAAUGAAGAAUCCGGCCAUCGCUCUAGCACAGCUAUAUCAGUAGCAAAUGAAGACGAUCGCUCUAGCACAGGUAUAUCAGUAGCAAAUGAAGGCUUAUGCGAUCGCUCUAGCACAGCUAUAGGAGUAGCAAAUGAAGACUUCGGCGAUCGCUCUAGCACAGCUAUAGGAGUAGCAAAUGAUCAAAUGAAGGGUCGCAAGUAAUAGUGUUAGCGGCACUAGAGCUAACAAAAGGCCUUCGGCCGAACAUGUAAAAAGUAAUAUAGCUUGGAAUUGGCAAAAGAUUCACAACUCAAGAAUCGUAAAUUUAAAAUUUAUAUUUAAAUAUGUUAAUAUAAUUCCGGAAUUUAAUAAGAAAUAUCAAGAUGAAAGCAAAGUUAAAACUA